UUACAAAAAAAAAAAAAAAAAAAAAAAAAAAAUUUGAUUCUCUCUUUUAAAGCAAUUUGAUAUCGCCAUUUUAACGGAUAUAUAUUCACUUAACUUCUUUAUCUAUUCUCUAGUUUAGUACUUGAACCAUUUGCAAGAGCAUUAUUCAAACGUUUAUUAAGCUUUUUUUUCUUUGAUAGAGAGAAAUAUAGAACCCCACACUCAUACAAGAUUCUAAGAUAUAGCAGGAUAAAAUGUCAUUAAAACAAGAAGUUCCUCGUGACCCAGAACUACAUGACUCGUCCGGUAGGGAUGCCCCGGUAGUUGUUGAUAAAAAGGAUCCAACCAGUAGGCCAUAUAAGUGUCCCAUGUGUGAUAAGGCCUUUCAUCGUUUAGAACACCAAACCAGACAUAUUCGAACUCAUACCGGGGAAAAACCUCAUAGUUGCACUUUCCCAGGAUGUUUUAAGAAGUUUAGUCGGAGUGACGAAUUAACGAGACAUUCCAGGAUUCAUACCAACCCAAACUCAAGAAGAAAUAAGAACCUCUCCAAAGCAGCAGCUGCAGCCAUGAACACUAAUGAUAAACCAUCAUCGUCAUCAACAACGUCAAAGAAAACAACGAAACUCACCACCAUUCCGUCGCCGGAUCUGUCGUCAUCGUCCUCGUCAUCAAGCUCUUCAUCCAGCUCCAAUAUCAAGGCUGUUAAAUCAUCAAAACAAGUUAAAAAACUGCCUUCGCCAAAGAUGGAUGAAGUUUCCCCCAAACCACAUGCUACUUUUAGUUUCCAUCCAAUCAAAACUCCACCAAAUGAAAGACCUCCUUUAUUGAAAAAGUUAUCCAGUACUAUGAAUAUUGAUAUGUUGGCAAGCGCAGCGCUGGAAGAAUUAAAGAUUAUGGAAUCAAAUAAUUCGAGAUCAUUGCCUUCAUUAACUGAUUAUUUUGGUAAAACUUCCAAACCUUUAGCAUUACCCAAAAAUUCUUCCAAGAACAAUCUUCAAUAUUUAUCAAAUGUGGCGGUUAAUAAUAGUAAAAGUUAUACUACUUUGAAUACUACAAUGAGAAACAACUUCCCUUCAUUACAAAGACAUUCCAAAUAGUCCAGUCAUGAACUUAAGUACUAACACAACUCCCUUAAUUAGUGCCAGCAACUCAUUCACUAAUUUAUCAAAUUUUUUCAUGACUCCUGCAAGUAACCAGCAACAACAACACCAUCAACAUCCUCCUAGAAAUACAAAUACAACCCCUCCAUCCUCCGUUAAAACCAAUUCCCAUCUACAAACUCCAAAACUAUCGCCAUCGUCAAAUGGUG